AUGCUUAUGCGAUCACACUCAGAGAGAAGAGCCCGUCUUGGGCUCACCGCCCUGCUGACAUACAGCACAGUUAAAGAAAGAGAUGUGACCUCCCCACCUCCCCUAACUUUUACCUCACGGGAGUCAAUUUAUGCACCCACAUCUCUUACCUCCCCUCCUCCCUGGGUAGCCCAGGCCCUUUCCAACCUAGAGCAAGGAGAACAAGAACUGCAGAGCCUCAGGGAGCGACAACAGACUGAAGUGGAAGAAGUGAACCGCGAGUUAGACAAUGCAGUGAUUGAAGCUCAGAGAGAGGAGCGUCGCCUUCUCGAGAAAGUCGAGCAUGACCAUAGAGAAGCCCAGCGGCACCUUAGCCAGGUGAAAAGGGAGAAUGCUGCAGCUGCACGAGUUGUCCAGUCACUUGUUGAUCAGCAGAUCAGAAAAAUUGGACAACUGAAAGAGCAGAUUCAAAGAUGGGGUUGUACUGCUGGUGGAGCAAACAAAAACCAGCUCCAAAGAGGUGUGGCAGAGGUUACCCAACCUUGGGAGAUCUCGCUAACACUGAAAAGGGUCAGUUUCUUACCGAGCCCUGGUUCCAAGACCUUAAGCUUGGGGGAAGUCAAUGUCCAUGAGCAAGGUAUGACCUACCCAAUUGGUGUCUGUGGAGUCCAAGGACAAAAGUGUGCCUUGCAUUCAGGGGAUCCGGCAUUCUCAAACAUUACUCCUCGAGAAAUUCGCAAAGAGCCCCAAUCAAACAGAGCUGGGCAGAGGUACAGCCCAGAGGAAAGCAGUAAGGCAAACAGUGGGAACAUGCGAGUUGUUCGGAAGCUUCGUCUGUCAAGCUCCACUGAGAAUGAGGAUGAGCUCAAAUCACCCACCUUAAAAUCCCCAAUUCCAAGACAUCGGGGUGUAUCUGAGUCAUCCCAAGAUGAGGAAGUGGAGUCUGUUUACUCAGAUACACAAGGGCAAGACCUCUUCCUUGCAUUACCACCGGUCUCCAGUCAAGGAGAAUCUGAAGGGGAUGAAUGUGAUGGCAGACAAAAUGGAACUAAAAGGCGCUCAUUACUGAAGGGUAAGAGGAGGCAAAAGGCUCUUGUCCUAGUCUCAAGUGAAGAACCAUCUUGCCCUCCUGAAGAGGCUGAUCCAAAAAGCAGAAAAGUGGGAAUGUCCCCAAAGAUAAGGCGCAAAGGGUCACUCUCGAGACAAAGUCCACUCUUGUCCAAGAAAAAGCCCUCAAAUGAAUCUUCAGUGGACAGUGGAAGUCCUCCAUCCCCAGUAGACAGUGAGGAAUCUUGCUAUACCUAUACUGUGAAUACUCCAAGCAGUGGAUCCCUCCAACAAGAGCACUGCCGCUCCAUGUCCACUGCUGACCUCUCAGGUAAUCUCCGCCCUUUGAUCAACGAAAACCAGAGAGACGGUAAAGGAAUAAGGAAGGUCACCAGAAUGCGUCUUGCCUCUGAACCUUCGUCUCCUGAACAAGGGCCAGGAAAUGGCGCAGAAUCUGAUGUGAACCCCAUGAGCUCUGAUGAGCAACAAUCAAGAUCCCAGACCGAAGCUGAACAGGCUGAAAACAAAUUGAGCAAAUCACUAUCCAUGUCAGCUAUCGAAGGAGACAAAUUACACCAAGUCAAAGAACUCUCCUGGGAGAACAAAGAAAAGAAAGACAUGGAUGUUCCAGCUUUGAGAGAGCUGGAAGAAGAAGCUGGUUCCUCUGCCCUUGAUUCAGCUUAUCUGAUCAAACAGUUUGGCAAACAAGGAUCAGGCCGCACCGACUUCAACCUCCCAAGUGGCGUUCAUGCUACUGUCAAAGGGCAGCUAUUUGUGGUUGAUUGUGGAAAUGCCCGAAUACAGGUGACGGAUCUUCAAAAGAAUGUUGUACAACAAGUAUCUCCUUUAGGGUCAGAAAGAUCUUCCCGCAUCUGCAACUACUUUGAUGUAGCUGUGAAUUCAAAGGGUCUCAUUGCACUGACCUGUGCUGCUGAACGAGCCGUAUUGGUGUUCAGCCGCCAUGGACGCCUCCUGCAAACAUUCGGAGGCACAAUGAUUGGUUCUACCAAUGAAGAACUGGAUGCUCCUAGAGGGGUGACAGUUACUCGCCAGGAUGAGUUCCUGGUCGCUGAUAUCAAACGAGGCACCCUAACUUCCCUGAAACUGGACCCCAAAACUGGUGCUAGGCUGGAACGCACAGUUGUCACUGGGUAUCACAGACCCUACCUGGUGGCAGCUUGUCUCACCACUGGGCUCAUGGCAGUAUCAGAACGUGGAAAUGAGACUGGGCGUGUACCAUGCAUCCGAGUCUUAGAGCCAGGCUGGAACACUAUCAGAAUCCUUGGAGUGUGUUCUGGCCUGGGGCCUGUCUUGACAUGCCCCUGGGGUCUCUGUAUCGACAGUGAUGGGGAUGUCUUGGUGGCUGACUGGGGAAAGCAGCACCAUCGUGUCCUUCUCUACCCCUCCAAAGGAGUUGGCUGGCCUCUGGUGAUGGAUAACCUGAAUAGUCCGAGGGGCUUGGCACUGCUCCCUGAUGGACACAUGGUCGUGUCGGACAGCAUGAAUCACUGCGUCAAGAUCUACCGCUACAAGUGA